AUGUCCUAUGUCCUUGAUAAGAAAUUCUUCAUUGACCCCUCGAUAACGAUGGAAUGCAUUUGCAGUGACAUAGUAGACAUCAUUGGAAACUUUAAAUAUCACCGUACGGCAGCGGCAAGUAAAGAUCAACCGGGAUCUUCUUCGCACCCAAAUGGUGAUAGCGACGCAGUAAACGAUCAAAAUGAGAGCUUGGCUAGCUCGUGGCUUAAUGAAAUCUCAAGCGUUAUCUCUGAAGAACUGCCCCACCCAGCUAUAGCCCCUAUUUUUGAACAAACCCCAUCCGCUGAACAUGCACAGGGCUCGGAGAAUGCUGCAUUUGACCGGAACUUGUCUUUCUCUCCCCCACAGGAAUCCGUGUCAUCAGCAGCAUCCACGAUACUGCAAUGCCUUUCUCCGGUUGAAUUUCUCAAAUCAGCCUUUGAUGAUUACACUGUCGAAUCCCUCGUAAGACACAAAGAGUCUGCUGUAAAAAGCGGUCUUUUGGAUAUUUUGCAAAAGUAUAUUUCGUUCACAAUGCCGGCUUUUCCUCCCAUUAAGAUCCGAUCAUCUAUGCCGAUGCAAAGCAUGUGUUCAGACUUGGCUAAAGGUCUGCACACGCCCUCUGCUUUGGAGGGAAAUCUCGCUUGCUCGCCUACUCGAUCAUUGUCUUUAGUAGACUUCUAUUUUUCCACCAACGGCUUUGGCUCGAAAGAAGAAAUUUUGUUGAUAAAGUCCUUUUUUUUAUACGUCAUUUGUUUUCAUAUGCUGAUAUUCAACCCAAUACCCGCUGAUGUCAAGCCAUUUAUGGUCCCUUUAAUGGAAUCUAUUAUGUCUGGCGGCAGUUUUGUCAAUGCUACCCACUUUCAAUACACUUUCCCGUUUCAGUUUUCGGCUAUUUAUUCCCUUGAGGCGAAUCGAAUAGGAUCCUCUUUUGCUAGGAAAGAUUGCUUUGACCCCGAGCUAAAGCUCUUCAUCAAUCCCUUGAUUGGCCUGCUGUUGAGAUGUAAACCCGGGCUUUGCUCACCCUCCGACUCUGUUUGUGAUUCCUCUUUUGCGUCUCAAAAAACAUCAAACCCGGUGACACUGUCCUCUAAUGUACCAAUUCACUCGGUGUUCCUUGAACAUUCAGAUGCGUCGUCUAUAUUUGAGAGUGAAUUCAAUUAUGCCUUGAAACUUGACCAGAUUUGCACAGAUAAUUCUCUGGUAAAAUGCCCAGAAUACAAUUAUGCCUGCCAGGGCGUCGAACGCUUUAAGGUGACUUGUAGGUGGCUUAACAUGGAAUUUCUCGGUGAAGGCGCCACCAAUGCAAGAGCCAAGGAGCACUCGGCAAAACUCGCCUUUGAAUACUAUCAAAAGAAUCCUCACUUGCUGGCCAGCAAUUCUGCUUGUGUUUCCACAAGUAGUCCUUUAUCUCUUGCGCCAAGUAAUUCUUUAUCUCUUGCGCCAACGAGCUCUUUAUCUGUUUCGCCAACGAGCUCUUUAUCUGUUCCGCCUAUUUUUUCCCUGUCAGAAUCCAUGUUAAAAAACCUAGACAGCCUUAAUAGACCUCCUGAAACCUUUCUUGAGGACGAGCUUUUGGGACCAUCCUUUUCUCCUCUUCGAAAGCCAAAUUUGACAGCGUCUCCGUUCCAAUUUGAAGGGGGAAAAAAAACAUCACAACUUGUGACAGCUACAAAUGAUCCUUCUUUUCCAUCAUCGGCAAUAAAUGUACUUUGUGCCGAUGAUUUUCUCAAGUAUAGUCAAUACUUUAUGGACUUGUACAAGAAAUCUGUAGCUGAUCCCUCUGCUUCCAAGAUGGCAUCGGAAACCCCCGAUAAAGCUCCUUUAGCUACCUCUCCUUUGGGGGCAGCAACAUCGGAUGCCGUUUUAAAAUCGCUUCCUUCAAUGCUGCCCCGCUUGAAUGGUGACAAAAAAUACAUUUCUCUAAUAAUGGAAUACUGCCAAAUGUGUCGAGUUCCGUAUCCAGAGUUCAAGUUCUCUUCGCAUACAGCACCGUUUUCCGGAAGGUGCCAAUGGCUGGGUCAAUCUWUUCUUACCGGAUAUGCCUCCGAAUUGAAGGACAAGGUUUUCCAUCACAAAAAAUCAGAUGCCAAGGAAAGGCUUGCCAAAAUAGCCUUUUCGUACUUGCUAGUUUCCACUUUAAUUGACGAAAAUACGUUAACUCAUCUGAAGGCGCUCGAAUUGCUUCCGUUUCUUGAUAAAAAUUAUUUGGUUGAAAAAUACCAUCAAUUCUCCUUAUCCUCCCUUCAUGAUCAAGAUAAAAAAAACCAGGGAACUUUACAAAGGAUGCCAAGUGAUUUGAACGAGCAACGGGUAUCGAGGUAUUCGUCUAGAUCGACCUCUAGGUCCUCUUCUAGAUCAUUCCCCAAAUCUUGCUCUAGAUCAUCAUCUACAUCUUCGUCUGGGUCAUCCUCUAGAUCAUCGUCUACACCUUCGUCUGGGUCAUCCUCUAGAUCAUCAUAUCGCCCACGAAGUAGAGCAGAAGGCAAAGAUCCUUCUGAUGUCCAAUCGCGUAGUCUCAGUAGAACUAAAUCUUCACGUGAAUCUUCUCCACAGAGGACAUUUUCAUCGACCAGUUCUCGCAGGCAUGAGAGCUCUCAUCGCUCGAAACAUUAUAAGCAUUCAAAAGAGUAA